AUGAGUGGAGUAUCUAGUCAUAAGAGUAGUGAAGCCUCCAGUGGAUUGUCACAUUCAACAUUUGAUGAUGUAAAUCAUGAUUUUUAUUUCGACGUUGGAUAUGUAAAUAAAAAGAAUGUCUCAUGUGAUAAAGUCGCACUGGCUGGAAUAGCACGUCGUGGUGCAGUUGUCGAUGUUGGAACAAUCAUGGAACUGAUGACGAACGCACCACAGAAAAGAAACUGGAAGGGGAUACUUCUCGCUUUGCUGGUUAUUGUCUUCAUAUCUUCACUUAUUCUUACAGCGAGUAUAUUGACAACACCAAAAGAGAAAAAGAUCGAUUAUGGUCUACCGCUGACAUUUUCUGACCUUGUACAAGUCAAUAAAUUGUUGAACGCAUUCAUUACACAAAGAAUAAAUGACCAUCUUAUUUAUUUAACAGAAAAACAUGAUUUAAUGAUACUGGACUCAAAUACACUGGAGGAAAGACAGCUGUUAUCCCAUCUCACUAUAAUGGAGAAAAGUGCGUUUUCGGGAAUAUUUUCAAUAGCACCAGAUUUCUCAGCAAUUGCUAUAGCAUAUGAAUUAAAAGAUCGUACACGACGUAGCGGAAGAUCAAAAUAUGAUAUUCUUCAUUUAAAUGGCUUGGAAAACGGAACUUCAGAUGAAGAACGACUUGAAAUUGGUGUCACAAAUGACGUAAUGGAGCAACCAUAUUUAGAUUUUAUUCAAUGGUCACCAAAAAGUGAUCGUUUGGCUUUUGUCUAUCGAAAGAAUGUUUAUCUUCUUGUCAAUCCAUUCGAUUUAGACAAAAAGAGAAUUAUAAAUGUAACACAUUCCUUACCACAAGAUAAUUGUUUGUAUGGAGUAUCGACGUGGCUGUAUGAAGAAGAAAUUUUUGAUACCAAUAAAGCCUUAUGGUGGAGUAAAACUGGAAAAUAUUUAGUUGUAACUGGAUUUGAUCAAAGAAAUGUUUCUACUCAUGAAAUACUUAAAUUUGAAGAUGAAAAUGAAUUAAAGGAUAAAAAUGUUAAGAUUAAAUAUCCUAUGGCUGGUGAAACAUCCCUGUAUAACAAUCCAGUUGCUACUCUCUAUUUAUUCGACAGUGAAGGACAAAACUAUCAAAUAAUUCCUCGACCACACUUGGUUCCUUGGGAUGCAUUGCUGGUGUUGACACGUUGGAUGAAUGAUGACAUUUUCAUACAUGCAUGGACAAAUCGUAUACAAAAUCGUGGCUGGAUAUGCGUCUUCAGUAGGACACUGAAUGAAAGUUGGGUUAUAUAUAAAACUGCUUAUGACAAUGGAUGGGUUAAUUUGAUGAAACAAGUUCAUGUUGAACCGUUGAUUAACGAGGAAAGACAAGAAAUGUUAAUUGUACUACCAAGAGAUUAUUCUGAAAAAGCCUACAGAGGUAUAGCUAAACUAAGAAUUCCUUUGAAACCUGAAGCUCCACAAUCACCAAAAUGGAUAGUUACACCAGAGUUUGAUGUAAGGGAUAUAUUACAUUAUGAUGGUAUCGAUGAAGUACUAUUCCUUGGAACAGGUCCAGAUCCAAAACAUUUAAAUUUAUACUGGACUUCAUUGUCAGACAGUGAAAACAUACUAUGCCUUACAUGUGAUAAUGUUAACUACACAUACAAUUUGGUAGAUGUUUUUCCCAACGGUAAAUACUUUAUACAAGAUAUACGUGGUUCAAGUGUACCGAAAACAAUGCUGAAACGGAUUGAUAGAAAUUUAUCAGCAACAGAUAAUUCAACCGUAUCAACAACAUUCAUAAAAUAUUUUGUACAAAAUGAACAAUUUGAAACAUUUGUCAAAACACAUGCACUACCGCGUAUUGAAUAUACCAAGUUGGUACUACGUCAAGGGACAAGACAUCAAAUUGAAGUGGAAGCUAAAUUACUCCUCCCACCAGAACUUGAUCCUGCACAUAUUACACAAUAUCCACUACUAUUAUACACCUAUGGAGGUCCAACAAAUCAGGUGGUCAGUACAAAAUUUGUAAUCGAUUGGAUGACAUAUAUAUCAGCAACUGCAAAAGUUAUUGUUGCUGUAGUUGAUGGUCGUGGUACAUCAGGUCGUGGAAGAGUUUAUGAGCAUUCCAUUUACAAGAAACUUGGUUUAGUUGAAGUUGAAGACCAGUUGGACAGUGUUAAAGCCUUGAUUCGACGCUAUCAUUACAUAAAUGAAAGUCAAGUCGGUGCUUACGGUUGGUCUUACGGUGGAUUCACUGUUGGCCAUCUAAUCACUAGACCAGAGAAUGAAUGGAUUCGAUGUGGGAUUUCAGUUGCUCCAGUUACAGAUUUCAGAUAUUAUUCAACUGUAUAUACUGAAAGAUACCUUGGCAGAUUUAUUAACGAUCCAGAUGCAUAUGCACGUACUGCUAUUAGAAAUGUUAAGAAUUUAGCUAACAAAGGAUAUUUACUAGUUCAUGGAACUGCUGACGAUAAUGUCCACUUGGUUAACACAGCUAGACUGAUAAAAGAUCUGAUUGCUGCAAGUGUUGAUGUCGAUGUAAUGAUUUAUCCGGAUGACAAUCAUUUCUUGUCCAAGGGAAGAAAUCUUGAACAUCUUUAUCGUAAAAUGACAAUAUUUCUACUCGACUGCUUCAAUAAAACCUCAGUUAAAUAUUCCUUGGAUUUAUCAGUUAAAGAUGAUCUGUAA